AUGGAAAGUAAAGAAUCUUAUAAUAGUCAACUUGUAGAAUUACUUAAAAAUCCUAGUAAUAACAGAUGUAUUGAUUGUAAUAUUCCCAACACACAAUGGACAUCUAAGACAUUUGGCAUUUUUUUAUGUUUUGACUGCACAUCAAUACACAGAUCUUUUGGUGUAAACAUUUCUUUUGUAAAAAGUGUUAAUAUGGACAAAUGGAGUCAAGUAGAAUAUCUUUUUAUGAAACUAGGAGGAAAUGAAAAAUUUACAGAAUUUUUAGAAAAGCAUAAUUUACAGAAUAAAGAGUGUAAUGUGUUAUACUAUGAUCCUUUAGUAAAAAAGUAUGGAGAAAAGUUAAAAUCACGUGUUUAUGAAGAACUUGGUCUUUGUGAAGAAGAAUAUUCCAAUUUGCAGAACAAAAGAAAUAGCAUUUACUAUUCUACAAGAUUUUACGAACCCAAAACGAUUGCUAAUGAAGAAAGCUUUAAGAGUAAAUUAUAUGACAAAUUUAGCAUUGUUUCUAAUUCUUUUAUUUCUGGUGUUAAACAAGUUACAAAUAAAACUGUAGAAUAUGGAGGCAAAUUUGGUAAAAGUAUUAUUAUACCUUCCGCCAAAAUUAUAAGGUCGUCUUCUGAAAACUUAUCUUCUUUAUGGAGAUCUUCCCCAGCUAAAGAAAAUGGCAUUGAAAAACCUUGUUAUAGAUUUGAAGAUGAUGAUAUUGAAGACAUGAGUAAAUGGGACUAA